ACGUGCAAGUCCAACAAGACAUGAUAAAAGGGAAGUGGAUAAGCAUUAAGCAAAACAUAACCACACAUUAACCUCGGCCACGUUCAAAGAAGCCAUGGAAACCAUCUCUACCUGUCGAAACUCGUCUUCCCCCAUCAUUCUCACUAAACAUUCACUGCCAUCAACGAGGCACAACCAAAUCUUCCUGCCCCAACGUCAUGGUUCUCUCAGUUUCAACCCCAUCAGCUGCAGUAACAGUGACAGUAGUAGCAGUAACACAAACACGAACGCAAACGAGGAUGAUUCAAAUUCGGUUCAAGCACCAACCACAACACCCCCUAGAGCUGUGGAAAUAAGCUUCAAGAGAAGGUCAAGGAGGCAAGCGAAACGACUGAUGGAGAUGGGAACAGAUUCAAAUAGUAGGCAAUCCACAAAGCCAAAGGUUCCAGAGACUCCUAAGAAAUGGGAGGACAUGACUUUAAAUGAGAAAGCAAUCGAGCUAUACAUGGGAGAGAAGGGUGCUCUCUUCUGGCUCAACAAAUUUGCCUAUGCUUCAAUCUUCAUCAUGAUUGGGGGUUGGAUAGUGUUCAGGUUUUUGGGUCCUGCAUUCAACCUUUACCAGCUGGAUGCUCCUCUAUUGUCUCCUUCUGAUGUGUUCAAGUGAUCUUCAUCUCAAGUUUUGAACUUGGUUAAUAAUCUGCCUAACUUUUUGCUUUUGAGCAGAGAUGCUCACGAAUUAUGUUACUCUGCUUGCUAUAGAAAGAAUUCAGUUUGCAUUUUGCCAUAGUACUAUUGUUGUUAUAUUCACAAUUUCCGGAGCGCA